UUUAAAAAUUGUCUCGAAUGUUUAAAAAUUCUUCCUGUGGGUAAAACAGAGAUCUCUGAAAAGCCAUUACCCCUCAAUUCUCCAGCGCCACAGAUUUGGUGGUUAUAUUUUGCAUCCACACGUGUUCUCCAAUGUGUCCACUUCCCUCACAACAAAAUCGCCCGUAAAAAAUGUCACAAAAGUCGAAAAACUCGAGUUUAGCAGAGAAAAUAAACAGUUUGAUAACAGCAGCGCCUGAGAAUUUUGGGUCUGACGAUGAGACAGAAGAGACGCGGGCCAGAGUGGUCGAGAGAUACGAGGAGUCAGACAGUGAUGAUCAGGGUCUCACUUCGUCAAUCCGAAAACAAAAUAUCGAUUUGCUAGACGAAGUUGACGAGAGAUACAAAGGAAAAAAGGUCUCACGAAAAGACCUUUACGGAGACGAAAGCAGUGAAGACGCUGAAGAAUCAUCAAACGAGAAAAACUGUGAAGAAUCCGGAGAAGACACAGACGAAGAGGACGAAGAUGAAGAAGAAGAAGAAAGUGAGGACGACGAAGACUCAGAGGUGGACGAGGACAACCCCCUCCGCAGGAACCGCGCCCCAUCGAUCCCCUUCAAGAGCAUGAGCACCACGAACCUCCAUGGAGACAUCGAGAAAGGUCACGCAGUGAGGGAACAGCUCAAACUCUGGGAGCACGUCCUGGAGAUGAGGAUUCAACUGCAGAAGUGUCUAGUAACCAGCAAUCAGCUGCCCCAGUUCGAUGCCCACCAGCAGUUCACUGUCAACAAGCAGUUCGUAAAGACUAAAACCGAGACGACGAGUAAAUUAACGAAUCUGUUGGAGAACCUCUUGCUGAUGCAGGAGAAGUUGUUGAGGAAUAACCCAGAGACGAAGAGUUUAUUAUCGAAGAAGAAUGAUGAAGGCGAGAGGGAAGACGAAGAGGACCCCAUGGACGAGGAAAUUCCUUCUGACACCGACGACGAGACGAAUAAAGAUGAAGAGGAUGAAAAUUCAGGAGAUGAGGAAAAGGCGGAAGAACCCCCGAAGAAGAAAAGAAGAGCGCUGAGAGAAUACGAGGGUCUUCUCCACGAACGUCACAGCAAGUUCAAGCCCUUCAGAGACUCAGUGAUUCAGAAGUGGAAUGAUAAAACUAGACUGGCGUCUGGAAACGCGACGAAAGGAACUGCUCAAUCAGUGGUGAAACAGAUUGAAUUUCUUCUCAAUGACAAGCCCAAACUGAUAAAACGUACACAACUGAAGAGAUCAGAGUACAGAAUAGCUGGAAAGGAUGCGACAGAAGAUCCUGAUGAUGAUGGCAGGCGGACUCAGGAGUACGACCCUGAGAUCUACGACGACGACGAUUUUUACCACCAGCUGCUGAGGGAGCUGAUCGAGCAGAAAUCAGCGGACAUCACUGACCCCAUUCAGCUGAGCAAACAGUGGAUCCAGCUGCAGAACAUGAGGAACAAGAUGAAGAGGAAGAUCGACACGAGGGCCACCAAGGGGAGGAGGAUCAGGUACAAUGUCCACGCGAAGCUGGUGAACUUCAUGGCGCCGAUUACUGCCGAUGACACCUGGUCUGAUCUCGCUAAGAACGAAUUGUAUAAUUCUCUGUUUGGGAAGAUCAAGGCUGUGGAGAACUCUAGGAGUGAAUCUAAUCAGGAUUGAUAGUUGUUUCGGAGUUUGAGGUGGAUUAGGAUAAUUGAUGGGGGGUGAUCGUGAAUUUGUUUUGGAGAUUAAAUUUUUAAGGAAAAUAGCUCGUUUUUUUAGUAGAUUCGGCAAUUUUCGCUGGUUUUGGUGGAUAAAAUAAAAUUGUUUCUACUGAUGUCUAAAACUUAUUAUUUAAUUAAGAGAAUUUAUCGAAUUGUGAAGGAAAUUGCAGGCAACAAUGUCGACGAAUUGUAUAAUUCGGUGUUUGGAGGGAAUGUAAUCAACAUUCGUAAUUGUUUUGUAGUUUGAGGCUCUAUAUACACCAAGAUGUGUGAAAAAAAUAUUUUUUCAAAAACAUUUUUAUUUGAUUGUAUGCUUUAAAAAUAUUUUUCGAAAAUUUCGCUUGAAAAUCUGUGAAAUUGACAAAGAUACAGCCGUUUGUAGCGGACCCGGUCAGUUUGACCUGAAUGGGAGCAGGACGAAACCAAAACUUUGACUGUCGUUUUCUCGAAUUGAGGUUUUUCAAGACGGUGCACAUGAUAUUUGCAGCACCAUUGUACCGAUCUGUAUGAAAUUUUUUCUGAAGAUUGUUUAUAGUGUUUUCUUGACACUGACCAUUUUUUUUCACAACAUUGUUCGUUAUUAUUGUCCAACACGUGGUGAGAUUUUGUCCCGAAAUGGCACGAAAACUUCGAUAUAGCAUGAAUGUUUCAAAAAAAAAAUUUGAAUUUUUUUUGGGACGAGAAUGGCACAUUCCAUUGAUGUUAUUCAAGGAUUGUGCUUCGUUUUUUCAUUUUAGAUACGAUAAAUAGUACUUUUUGUGUGUCCGAGGGACGCGGGAUGUGUCAAACCGAUUCCGUUUAGCAGCCUGAAGAAUUAAUACAUGAAUAUGAAAAAAAAAAAUGCCAGUUCAUUGUCAAUGAACUCAAAUUAGUAAAUUUUGAAAUACAUUAACGGUUUCUUAAUAAGCGAAUUAUUUCUUUGGAAAAAAAAAUACUGAAAAUCACUCCGUUCUGACGCCCUCGAAGUGCACGCAGGGCCUUAAGAACGAUAAGGAUAAUUGAAUUGAUGGGGGAAGAUCGUGAAUUUAUUUUGGAGAUUAAAUUUUGAAGCGAAAUAGUAUUUUUUUCAUUAUAUUAGGCAAUUUUGCUAGUUUUUGGUAAUCUGAGAUUUCAUUUUGGUCAGUCAUCAGACAUUAAUGAUGAAAAUGUUGAUGAAAUUGUUUCUACUCAUGUGCCAAGCUUCAUUAUUUAAUUUAAUAAAAAAAAACAAUUUACCAAAUUGCGAAGGAAAUGAAGACAAAUAACUGAUGAUAUAUCUAAUCGAGAUAUAUAAUUGUUUUAAAGUUCAAAAUAUAUGAGAUUGAUGUGUAAAAAUCAUAAAUUUGUCCACAAAAAUGAAAAUUUCCCAGAAUAAAUAUUUUAAUAAUUGAAUUAACAUCAAUUCCACUUGCAUUUAGCAAGUUGAAAUUUGAUCUUAACCAGUCAUUAUAUAUUCUAUUGAUAGUUUAGGUUUAAUCAACAUUCAUAAUCAUUUUAUAAUUCAAAAUAAAUGGUUUAAGGGUCAAA